GAAUUUUGUUCUGUUGUCAGUGACUAUUGGUGGCUAUAUAGCGCGAAAAAGUCACUUCUUCAUGGAAUUGCUUUAACACAUCACCUCUGAGACAGUUUGUUGAAGUGCUUUUUCGCGGUUUUUUUUUUUUACAUCUUAUUAAUCAUUAAUUUUUAAACAAACUUCGAAGCACUGUAUAAUGGAAUCAAAAAUUGACGCCGGAAAAGAAAAUAUUAUGAAUUUGGAAAAUAUUUCUAUUAAGUCCCCUAGUAAAGGUGAAAAUGUGUUGAGUCCCAGAUCAUUAAACAUCUUAAAUGAUGUUCGUCAACACUCUCCUAGUAAGAAACAAGCUUUGGAAGAGAAACCUUUUGACAAGGAAUUGGAGCCUCUACUUCGUGAAAAUCCACGUCGUUUUGUUGUUUUUCCUAUUCAGUACCCUGACAUUUGGCAAAUGUACAAGAAAGCCGAAGCAUCUUUUUGGACAGUUGAAGAAGUUGAUCUUUCGAAGGAUUUAGCAGAUUGGGACAAGCUGAAGGAUGGCGAACGUCAUUUCAUUUCUCAUGUUUUGGCAUUCUUUGCAGCUUCUGAUGGCAUUGUGAAUGAAAAUUUAGUAGAACGAUUCAGCCAAGAGGUCCAAGUUACUGAAGCCCGAUUUUUCUAUGGGUUUCAAAUUGCUAUGGAAAAUGUACACUCGGAAAUGUAUUCUUUAUUGAUAGAAACUUAUAUCAGGGAUCCCGUUGAAAGAGAUUUUCUUUUUAAUGCUAUUGAAACUUUGCCCUGUGUCAAGAAAAAGGCAGACUGGGCUCUACAAUGGAUUGCUAGCAAGACUGCAACAUUUGGUGAACGAAUUAUUGCUUUCGCUGCUGUGGAAGGAGUGUUUUUCAGUGGAAGUUUUGCUUCCAUAUUUUGGCUGAAGAAACGUGGUCUUAUGCCAGGUUUGACCUUCAGCAAUGAGUUGAUAUCAAGAGAUGAAGGUCUACAUUGUGACUUUGCAUGCUUGAUGUUCAAACAUUUAGUACAAAAGCCAACAAAAUCUCGAGUUAUUGAAAUAAUAAGAGAAGCUGUGGUCAUUGAACAAGAAUUUCUAACUGAUGCUUUACCUGUAAGGCUUUUGGGCAUGAACUGCGACUUGAUGUCGCAAUAUAUAGAGUUUGUUGCUGAUAGACUAUUAGUGGAAUUAGGAUGUGAUAAAAUAUACAAUACGAAAAAUCCAUUCAGUUUUAUGGAAUUAAUUUCUUUGGAGGGGAAAACUAAUUUCUUUGAAAAGAAAGUAGGAGAGUACCAAAAAUGGGGUGUAAUGUCCAGCCGACUUGACAAUGUUUUUACGUUGGAUGCUGAUUUUUAAUUUUAUUUAAUUGUAUAUAGCUAGUGAUAUAUUUAAAUACUAUUUUUUAUUAUUCAUUUUAUUG